AUGACUAGAAGUAGAGGUAGAUGCCAUGGAAAUGGAUUUAAGCUUUUACAGAAAGAUAAACUAGAAUGGAAGAGGGUUGUGAUUGUUGAGCAGGUGAAGGGCCUGGUAUUUGUAAGAGGAGAGCUGAGGGUAGAUGUUGCACACCAUGUGUUUGACAGAAUGACAAACUUCAUAUUUGGAUUGCCAACUGGGAUGGCUGUUGGAUUUGUUCAGAAUGAUCAGGGCGAGGAGGCUGUGAAUCUCUUUCGAAGAAUGCUUAGAGAAGGGGUUAAGGUAGACUUAUUCCCCUAUGCGAGCACCUUAAAGGCUUGUGCAAGCAUUGCAAUUCUGGAACAGGAGAAGCAAGUGCAUCCACACAUUGCCAAAGUGGAAAUGAGAUGGCUGCCUAAGUUGGGAGUUAUCUUGUUGACAUGUAUCAAGACAAAUGCCAUAAGCUUUGUAGGAAUUCUCUUUUCUUGUAGCCAGUGUGGUCUCAUCGAUGAAGGGCAUCACUAUUUUGAUUCAGUGAGCCAAGAACAUGGCCUCAUUCCAGAAAUAGAGCACUAUGUUUGCAUGGUUGAUCUUCUUGGUCGUUCUGGGCACCUGGAUGAGGCAGAGGAAUUUAUCAAAAAAAUGCCAGUGAAACCAAAUGGAGCUAUUUGGGGUGCUUUUCUUGGUGCUUGCAGAAUCCAUGGAAAUAUAGAAAUGGGAAGACGGGCAGCAGAAUGUCUUCUUGACUUAAGAUCACAAGAUACAGGGUCGUAUAUUCUGAUGUCAAACAUAUAUUCCACUGCAGGAAGCGAUGAGCCUAAAUAA